CGCGCUUGCUUUAGUUUCAUAGCUCCAGAUAGUGCACUUUCCAACUGUUACUCCACGAUCACAUCUACCGUUAACAAGUAACUGUUUAAGGCUGUCAGCUUUAGAAGGUAUAUAGCAACAGCCAAAUUUUCUCAUUAAUGCGCAUCCUAUCAUAAAACUUAGGCAGUGAUUUCAAAGAACGGAAAAUUUAUUCUCUGACUGACCAAAUGUUGUUUUCUCACUUUAUUAUCGUGCUUUUGAUAACUAGAUGAUCCACUUUGAAAGGAAUUUCAUUUCUAGACUUCGACAUCAGGAAUUUUUGUUCCAAUAUUGUUUUUCUACACUAUCUGGAUAUAAUUAAGUGAGUCGUAAAAUCAACCAAGGGGAAUGUCGUUUAAGAUUCCGCGAAUCGGUAUCCAACGCAAGUUAUUCGAUUCUAAUUUAGAUGGCAUUCAAAACAAUCAGAGUUCACAGGAUAUAAGUUUUAGUGUUCAAAAUAAUAGCAACAUCCAUCAAUGUAAAGAUGAAUUCGAAGACCAGUCGAGUCAAAGUCAUUCAGAAUAUAACUCAUCAUUCUGGACUUCGCUUCGUAAUAUUUGGAAACACUCUGAUCGUGAAGACACAAGCUUGAUUAUAGACAAAGACGAUGAACAUAAUGAUGAAUUAAAAUUAAGCAAUUUACUAAGCGACAUAAGCGAGACCACGGAUUACUUAAUGAACAAGAUAAGUAUGUCAGAAAAAAUAAUUGCAUUUGCGAACCUAAACGGCAACUCACUUAAAACUACUUCAGAAUCAGUAAAAAAUCUAUCUUGUGGAAAGAACAUUAUUAUCGAUAAACAAAAUUAUUUAAAUGCGUUUUCGGAAAAAGUGAAAGAGUUUCCUCUUUCCAUGACUGAACGUUUAGAUAGGUAUGAACCUUUUAAAAGACGAGCCUUCAGGAUCUUUUCGAAAGUUGAAAAUUCUAUGGCUGAUGAAUCAAGCAACUUUGAUCGUUUACCUGCCUCAUCUCGCAACGAUUUAGAACACGCUGUUGUGACUCUAAGGAAUAAACUCAAGUCUUUACAAGAAAGCAGUUAGUGUUUCUGUAGCAACUAAGUGAAACUUUCAGGCAAUCGAGACGAAUUCAUGUUGUGUGGAAAUAUACUGCGCAGUAAUGGAGUCCCAACACAAAAUAAGAAACAGCCAGCACAUGGACUUAAUAAGUACAUGGUACUAUUGACAGUUUGUCUUCUUGAACUUUCCUAAAGUUGUCUAGCACAGGAUCAGAACUCUCUAUUCACAUGAAGUUUCGAACACCUCUUUCGAUUGCUGCGAGAAAACCUAAUAUCCGGUCUGUACCAAGGUUGAUAAAUAAUUCACGAGAACAAAAAAUAUAUAAUGAAGAUUACGCAGAUCACAGAACACGGAAGACAAGCAAGUUUCAAUUGAAAGACGAAUCCAAAUACUACCAAAAUACGGAUUAUUAUAUACAUUCACCUGAAGUGACAUCUGAUAGCAGUGACUGUAUAUCUUUAUCUAGUAUAUCUGAUAUAUAAAUUACUGAACCCAGUA